AUGGAAAACAAGACAGAGACAGUGAAUGAACUUCAAAUUGUUGAAAAAGUUGGUGAAAGUAAUACUUCAACUGAUUCAGAUUCAUUAACCAACAACAGUGAAUCUGAACCUGGUUCGAAGAAAAGAAAAAUGGUUAAAGAAAGAUCAAUGGCUUGGCGCUACUUCAACAAGUUCACUGAUGCCGAGGGUGUGAAGAAAGCGAGAUGCAAGUUUUGUUCAGAAGAAUAUGUGGCUGAUACCAAGCAUAGCGGCACAAGCAAUUUGUUAUUGCAUAUUCCCAAAUGUCUGACCAAUCCCUACAAGGCAGAAGGUAGCCAGACAACAAUAGGUUUUCAACCGCAAGGUCUAACAGGUGAUGUUUCAGUUAUCCCUUGGAAAUUUGAUCAAGAGGCAUGUAUGAGGGCUUUAGCUCGUAUGAUUAUUAAAGAUGAACUUCCCUUUAUAUCUGUUGAAAAAANGUUAUCCCUUGGAAAUUUGAUCAAGAGGCAUGUAGGAGGGCUUUAG